UGAACGAGCAGCGUUCCGUCUACAUACCCUUUCGCGGUAUCUGGUUUGACAUAGCAAGGAUUGAUAAAGGUGCAUUCCACGUAACGCUAGGGAAUGCUGCCGACCUUUUCCUUCGGGUGCGGGGAGGAUCAGAUCCUGAUAGGAACCCGGAGAUGCUGCAGUACUACUCCCUCUCCGUGGCCCAUUUGAGAGAACGUCUCAACAGUGCCGUUGACAGCAUCAGUGAUGGGAUGGUAGCCCACAUUCUGUCCCAUCUCUGCUUCUGUAUGAGACGCCAAGACUGGACAGCAUGGAAAGCCCACAUGGGUGGCUUAGCAGCUAUUUCAAGGCUGCGAGACGGUCUUGCUCAUCUGGGCCGCGGAGUACAUACCUGGAUUCUUUUAUCAGACCUGGGUGGAAGCAUAGUGUAUGAUACAGUUCCCUGGCUACCCUUGCCUUCCUAUUUUCCUCCAUGCAAGACGUCUCUCAAGAACCUUCCGAUACGACUGCAAGAGCUUUUGUCACUAUUGGAUCCGAACUCAAUCACCGUGACACAGACAAUUGAAGCCUUAGAAAGACUCCACUUUGUCGCGAACGAGGUGAACACCAAAGGUCAUUCACCCUUCUUCUGGCGCCAAGACGAAGAUGCCAUAAGCGUUCUCGGACCGUGUAUUCAUUUCCUGCUGUCCAUGCCUCGCCUUCCGGAGAAUCUGGGUGCAACUCUCAGGUUGGAUGAGAUCGUCAUGGAGAUGGUGAGACUGAUCAGCCUCUGCCUCGUGUCAAGUCUCAAGGCCAUGUUUUCGUUCAAUGCGCCCGAGAAAGCUCAGCUGGAGAGUAAGCUUUCCAGAUUCACCGUCUCAUACACAAGAUAUCUCGGUGGUCCCUAUCGCGACCUUAAAGUCUGGACGCUUGUCACAGCGUCUUUGAUGCAGAACGGCGGGAGUCGAGAUGUGUACCUGGACGAGAUUCGGCGAGAUAUGGUUGGCACAGGCGAAACAGAUGCCACUUCUUGCGUUCAAAUCGCAAAGGAUUUCAUCUGGUUUUUCAACCUAGAAUAUAUGACCAUGUUGGUAAUGGUAAUUGAGAAAGCGCCUGGACCACCAGCCAGGAAGAAGAAGGAAAAGGGGAGUGAAAACUACACCCUGGCUGCCACUAAUUCUACCCGAGUAUACGAAUUGAUAAACGUUACAAUUCGCAGAUCUAACCUGCAACAAACGUUCUCUAGCAGCUGA